CAUGAUCAGAUGCUCACAGAUGCUGGCAUUGUGGUUAAUUAUUUCCACCGUUAUUAUUAAUGAUGUGAGUCAAGCGGAGGCUUGUGACUGUAACUCUGCACACAAGGACUCGUGAUUCGUCUCAGACCAGGACACAGAGAUAAGAGGGAGAGAGAGAACAUGAAACACAAACACAUACACAUGUGAAGUAGGAAAUACAGAGAGAAACACUGUGUGUUUGAGUCGAGAAGGAAACUUGUUAUGGAUCAGACGGCUGUGUUGUUAUGAGAUGAUUGAAGACUUUAUGGAGAACAAACACACACAGACUCCAGAUGCUGUCGUGUUGCUAAAUGGAGUCUGAGCAGUUGUUCAACAGAGGCUACGGCAGGAACAGCUACAACAGCAUCACCAGCGCCAGCAGCGACGAAGAGCUCCUCGAUGGUGCCGGCGUCAUCAUGGACUUCCACACCACUGAGGACGACAACCUGCUCGACGGGGACACGUCUCCAGGGUCUAACUACAUCAUGUCUAAUGGAGGGGGUGGAGGCGGGGCCAGUAGCUCCACCCACCUGCUGGACCUGCUGGAGGAGCCCAUUCCAGGCGUGGGAACCUACGACGACUUCCACACCAUCGACUGGGUCAGAGAGAAGUGCAAAGACCGAGAGCGACACCGCAAGAUAAACAGUAAAAAGAAGGAAUCAGCAUGGGAAUUCACCAAGAGUCUGUACGACGCCUGGUCCGGGUGGCUGGUGGUCACGCUAACAGGAUUAGCAUCAGGAGCGCUAGCCGGAGUGAUCGACAUCGCGGCCGACUGGUUGAACGAUCUGAAGGAGGGCGUGUGUCUCAGUGCCAUGUGGUUUAAUCAUGAGCAGUGCUGCUGGGACUCCAACGAGACCACCUUCGCCGAGAGAGACAAGUGUCCUCAGUGGAAGACGUGGGCCGAACUCAUUCUGGGUCAGGCCGAGGGUCCAGGCUCCUAUAUAAUGAACUACUUCAUGUUCACGUUCUGGGCGCUGUCCUUCGCCUUCCUGGCCGUGUCUCUGGUGAAGGUGUUUGCGCCGUACGCCUGCGGCUCUGGAAUACCUGAGAUCAAAACCAUCCUGAGCGGUUUUAUCAUCCGCGGGUAUCUGGGCAAAUGGACGCUGAUGAUAAAGACCAUCACUCUGGUUCUGGCCGUGGCGUCGGGCCUCAGUCUGGGGAAGGAAGGGCCGCUGGUCCACGUGGCCUGUUGCUGCGGCAACAUCUUUUCCUACCUCUUCCCCAAAUACAGCAAAAACGAGGCCAAGAAACGAGAGGUUUUGUCGGCGGCGUCGGCUGCUGGAGUGUCUGUGGCUUUCGGGGCUCCUAUAGGAGGAGUUCUGUUCAGUCUGGAGGAGGUGAGUUAUUAUUUCCCUCUGAAAACUCUGUGGCGCUCGUUCUUCGCGGCUCUGGUAGCGGCGUUCGUGCUGCGCUCCAUCAACCCGUUCGGGAACAGUCGUCUGGUGCUGUUUUACGUGGAGUACCACACACCCUGGUACCUGUUCGAGCUCUUCCCCUUCAUCCUGCUGGGGGUCUUCGGAGGCCUGUGGGGGGCCUUCUUCAUCCGGGCCAACAUCGCCUGGUGCCGCCGCCGCAAGUCCACACGCUUUGGUAAGUAUCCGGUGUUGGAGGUGAUCACUGUCGCCGCCAUCACGGCCAUCGUGGCGUUCCCGAACCCGUACACGCGGCAGAACACCAGCGAGCUGAUCAAAGAGCUGUUCACGGACUGCGGGCCGCUGGAGUCGUCUCAGCUCUGCCAGUACCGCAGCCAGAUGAACGGCAGUCAGGCGUAUCCCGAGGGAUCAGACGCCGCCGCCACCCCCGGCGUCUACUCGGCCAUGUGGCAGCUCAGCCUGGCACUCAUCUUCAAAAUCAUCAUGACCAUCUUCACCUUCGGGCUCAAGGUGCCGUCGGGUCUGUUCAUCCCCAGUAUGGCCAUCGGGGCGAUCGCGGGGCGUAUCGUGGGCAUCGCUGUGGAGCAGCUGGCGUAUUAUCAUCAUGACUGGUUUCUGUUCAGAGAGUGGUGUGAGGUUGGCGCCGACUGCAUCACGCCGGGACUCUACGCCAUGGUGGGCGCCGCGGCCUGUCUGGGCGGCGUGACGCGUAUGACGGUGUCUCUGGUGGUCAUCGUGUUCGAGCUGACCGGCGGGCUGGAGUACAUCGUUCCUCUCAUGGCGGCGGUGAUGACCAGCAAAUGGGUCGGCGACGCCUUCGGGAGGGAGGGAAUCUACGAAGCCCACAUCCGUCUGAACGGAUACCCCUUCCUGGACGCGAAGGAAGAGUUCACGCACACCACGCUGGCGCGGGAAGUGAUGCGUCCGCGGCGUAACGACCCGUCGCUGGCCGUGCUGACGCAGGACGACAUGACGCUCGCCGAGCUGCAGAGCAUCAUCUCCGAAACCAGCUACAACGGCUUCCCCGUCAUCGUCUCCAAAGAGUCGCAGAGACUGGUGGGAUUCGCGCUGCGCAGGGAUAUAACCAUCGCUAUAGAAAACACCCGGCGUAAGCAGGAGGGAAUAAUGCUGAACUCACGGGUGUAUUUUACCCAGCAUGCCCCGACCCUCCCAGCCGACAGCCCGCGGCCGCUGAAGCUGCGCAGCAUCCUGGACAUGAGCCCCUUCACCGUCACCGACCACACGCCCAUGGAGAUCGUGGUGGACAUUUUCCGCAAGCUCGGCCUGCGCCAGUGCCUCGUGACGCACAACGGGAUUGUAUUGGGCAUCAUCACAAAGAAGAAUAUUUUAGAACAUCUGGAAGAGCUCAAGCAGCACGUGGAGCCCUUGGCGCCUCCUUGGUAUUAUUACAAAAAAAGAUAUCCUCCGUCAUAUGGCCCAGAUGGCAAACCAAGACCCCGAGUCCAUAAUGUUCAACUAGCGUCCUCCUCUUCCCGCUACGAGGAAGAUGAGAGUGAAGAGGAGGUCCGUUUACUGGACAACUCAUCCCUCUGACCACACGCCCCUACGGUACCCUAAACCGCCCAAGUACAAAACAAAAAACACUACGCCAGACGGGACCUCACCCUGGUCACAUCCUCUGGAUACUUGCACAAGACUCCAAAACGAGUCUUUCGAGGCAGAGCCUGGCUGCUUGAAAAACUUAAGAGUUUUGGGAGAAGCUCGAGUCUUGGACGCCCCAAGUGGAGCAACUUUCUCCAAACGCUAACACGCUAAACUAACACUCUCACUCGCAUGCAAAAACACCCAAGACACCUCACGGGACCUGCUUGUUUGACCUCUUAGCCUCCUGCCUGAGAAAAUGCGUCCUAAAGAGGUGACAGGUCAAGAUGAACCGCUGGAAACGCGAGGAGGGACCUUCGCCGCAGACCGCCGUGACCCUCACUGCCCCACCACAUCCCGAAAUGGACUCUAUAACAAUGUUUACUUGUAGUGUGUGUGAAAAAUACAAGAAAGACGGUGAACGAGAUCGUGUUUGAACGCACCCCAACAUUCCAGUCGGGAUCUGAUGCUGUGAAGCCGUAGAAAUCGUUGAAAAGUGUCCCGUACGUAAUGGAUACGUUGCCCGUGCAAGUGAUUUUUUUGUGAGCGAUCCGUGAGGAUCCAGUAUUCAGCAUUGCGAAAAGAUCAAGCAUACAAGCGUGGGAUUUGUGCUACCUAGCGAAAAGAAUGUUGGGAGGAGAACAGGGUGUAAAUCGUCUUAAUCGUCUUCAAUCUCAACACUACGACGGCCAGUCUAAACCACAAUGGGAUUGUAGGUAACGAGACAAACGAGUCUGUCUGGCAGGUCUCUGAGUGCCCACACUUUAUGAAGUUUUGUGCUUUUCGUUACUGGGAAUGAAAAACCAAGACGCUAUUAUUUUACAGCUGCUAUCUUGGCUAUUAUAUUUAAAUGUACUAAGCAACUCCUAAUAGUUUGAAAAUCUAAAAAAUGUGACUUGACCAACUUUUUUUUAACUUUGCAAACAAGCAUUAAUGUUGGCUCCAGUGCAUUUUAAAUUUGCCAUUUUCUCUUGUAUGCUCACAUUUCAUCCCACGUGAUAUAACAAUGUCUACUGCUGUUCAUCCUCGUCUGAAUAAUCAAAUGUUUGAUUGCCCUGAAAUCAUACAUUAAAUAUCUCUAAUUGUUUAUCCGUAUCUGAUGGCUAUCUAAGAACAGGCUCUAAAGGAUAAAUCCCAUGAAGAAAUGCCCCGGUCAUAUUUCAUCCCAAAAUAAAAUGUAUUUUGCCUAAUGAAAAUGAAGCCUAUUUUGAGAACAUCAUCAUUGCAUUUUGAAUUUCAAAUGAUGCAUAUUUUACCCCCGAAUUAUUUUUGAGAAAUUUAAUGUAAAAAAAUAUUGUUCCCAGUACUGAACCAUCAAGCCAAAUUGUCAUGAAAACAUGUCAAAAUGCAUAUAAAAAUCUUGGUCCAAAAACCAAGCUUCAUUAUGCUACGUAUUUUUUCCUUUUAAUAUAAGACUGAAAUAUGACCCAGGCAUUUUUUAUGACACUAAAACCUACAUGUAAUAACAGGCUAACAACUAAACUGUUUUUGGAUAUGCCAAAUGAUAUGCACAACUGCACCGUUUCGUACUGGCACUGAAAAAGCGAUAAUGAAAUGUGACUGUUAGAGAUGGUAAGAAUGGAAACUCUAGUUCAUUUGUGCUUGCUCCUGUUGGCCCCUUCAUUUUUUCUUUUUCUGGGAAAUACAUGGCACAGUUUUGUGUAAAUUUGACACUAGUGGUAACCAUUGCUGUAUGUUAAACUGCAUAUACUAACCUACCAGCUGCACUACAUCUGUUUUUUCUUAAAUUUAAUUUUGAAUUACAUAUUCGCAUGGUCAUUUCUUUUCCAAAACAAGGCCGAAGUGUUGUCUUUUAACUGAUUGGUGAAAUUCUGUCCUUUCGCUUUGUUUCCAUGUGACCGGCAUUAUAACCUCCCCCCCCCGCUGAUUGAUUGACAGUAAAUGAGCCAUGUGGGCGGGGCUUCUGUGUUUCAUUAGCAGUUGAUGUUCCUCUGUUAAUCAGUGAAGAAAACAAAAUGUUGUUAUAUAUUGAUCUCAUUUUUUUUUUUUUUUUUUUUUUUUAAUUUAUACUAGUGCUAGAGUUGUACAAUAUGGAGAAUUUUAUGUAUGAUUGAUGGUUUGAUUGUACAUUAAAAAAACAAAUAUGUAAAGAAUAAAUUGUUUUAAAUGAAGUGUAAAUCCUGUGUUUGCGCUGUCUUGCUCUGUCAGACUGUGAACCAUGAUGACGACCGUAAGCUCAGACCUCGAGACUGCGUGUUGAGACGCUGCUCUCAGGUCAGGCAGAGUAAAAGUACGUAUUCCAGUCAGGGAGUAUGAAAUCAUCAGCUUCAAUGUUUAUUAAAUGACAUGUCACAGGACAAUUUGCUGCUGUAAUGUUUUUACACGAGUAAAGAGUUUGUCCGGAUGCAGACGGAGAGUUUUGGAAACCUGUUCGAAAGGUUCAGUUUGGUGACGACAGUGGCGAAGAAAUUACUUCACUUAAAAGGUAAUGUUUAUUAAAUUUUUGGUCACUUAUAAUUGCUUUAAUCAGAGCUAUUUAAAAGUUGUUCUUGUUCAGCUUUCUGAACGAACACGUGCACUCAAGUGUUUUUGGAGGGAACUAGUGUUUUGCAGCUGUUAUUAUUUGUAAAC